AUGGGUACUGGGUCCGCGCUUUGGGCCAAAACCGGCGUUUUAACGGCCGCAAAACCAGAACUACCAAAACAACCUGGUUUUUCCCCACCAAAUUUGGCACUGACCGGCAACGUGAUUAACACUUUCGAAUACGCAUUACACAUAAACAAGCGCGGGGAUCCCUACUCUGUGAUGCACGAAAUGAGUUACACAUCCCAGCGGUAUGUUGCACAGCCGACAACUGACUCGAACCGAUGGCUUGAUCAACAGGUUCCCGGCGCCGACACUUCUCGAUUUCUCGGGCAGUGCCACGGUCCUGCUGGUUACGAAUUCAGUUGUAGCAAGGACCAACCAACCGAAUAG